AUGGUGAACCUUACCUCGACGCUCUUUGCAGCUUGCUUGCUUGCCAGCCGUCUUGUGGCCGCCUCGGGAGGGAAGAAUGAGCACAAUACGGAGUACUCUUCCGACUAUUCGGUGUCUACCUCAUACAGCAACACAACCUCUAUUCUCGACAAGAUCCAGGCGCGCGGCUACCUGAGAGUCGGCACAACUGGUGACUACAAGCCGUUCUCGUACAAAGUGACGAACCGAACAGCUCUACCUGCUACACCGGCCAUCAACACUACUUACAUUGGCGCCGAUAUCGAUGUAGCCCAGUCGCUUUCAAACUCUCUCGGUCUCUCACGUCCGGUUGAGUUCGUUCCUACCAUCUGGGCGAACCUCACGACAGAUCUUGCAGCACAAAAGUUUGACGUCGCCAUGAGUGGCGUUAGCAUUACCUUAGCCCGUGCGCAAAAGGCCUUCUUUUCCACUGCGGUUCAGCGAGUGGGCAAGGCUGCGUGUGUGCGAUGUGCGGACCUUGACAAGUUCUCAUCUCUGGCGGCUAUUGAUACCGCUGGUGUCAAAGUCGCGGUCAAUCCGGGCGGUACGAACGAGGCGUUUGACCGGGCUAACCUUAAGGCGGCUACUAUCGUGUUGGUGCCGGACAACAACGCCGUCUACAAAGCUGUCAUGGAUGGCGACGCAGACGCCAUGAUCAGUGAUAUCAUUGAAGUGGAAUUGCAGGUGCGGUUGCAUCCGGAGGUGCUUUGCAUCGUUAACCCGAAUGCGACUUUUACGUUCGAGGAAUUGGGUUAUAUGGUAGGGCAAGAUAUUGUAUGGAAGCAAUACAUGGAUCUGUUUGUACACAUUCAGCUAGGAAGUGGUGGCUGGAACAGUACCCUGGAGAAAUGGAUGUCCUAUAAAUGGCCCUCAGUAUAG